GUAAAACCUACACUAUGAUCGGAGAAAGUUCUUCAGUUCAAGACCUCGGAGCCACGCCCUGUGCAAUUUCUUGGCUUUUUAAGCUGAUAUCAGAGCAGAAAGAAAAAACUGGGGCCAGAUUUUCUGUCCGUGCUUCAGCAGUUGAAAUAACAGGAAAAAAUGAAAAAAUUAGAGAUUUACUUUGUGAUUUUGCUGUUGGUACUGAUGUUACUGGAUCUUCACCCGGUCUACUUCUGAAGGACGACCCUGUCUAUGGAACACACUUGAUGAACCAAAGCGAGAUUCGUGCCCCCACGGCGGAAAAAGCUGCAUUUAUUCUUGAUGCAGCCCUCGCAGCCCGAUCUCAUUUUGCAAAAGAAGAAGAUACACGCAACUCCCAUUUUUUAUUCACCCUUCACGUCUAUCAGUACCGUUUCGAAAAGGGAAAUCGAAGUGGUGUCGCCGGAGGUCGAAGUCGUCUGCACCUGUUUGAUCUAGGUAGCUGUGACAAAGUAGCAAGGCCACGAGAUGCUAAUGGGGGACACAGCCUCUCCCUCUCGGCUUUAGGGAAUGUCAUAAUUGCCCUUUUCAACGGACAGAAACACGUGCCUUACAAAGAGAGCAAGCUUACCCAGCUUCUACGGGAAGUUCUAGGCAGUUUGAUGUGUAGGGCGGCUAUGGUAGCUCAUGUAUCCCCAGCUCCAGAGAACUAUUCAGAAACGCUGUCCACUAUUCAACUAGCAGCUAGGAUUCAUCGUUUGCGAAGGAAAAAGUUGAGAUUCCCAGGCACAAGCUCCAGUGAAAGUUCAAGCGAUGAUCCAGGGGUGUGUCGUCCUUUUUUGAAAAUCCAUGCUAUCAGUGAAGACAAUGGUAAAUCUGGAAGUAGCGAUCCUGAUUACACCUCCAGUAGCGAGCAAUCCUGCGAUACAGUAAUUUUUGUUGGAGAAAGGGGAUUAGCUGUUAACAAACGGCCCAAUAUUCCCUCUUCGCCACGACCCCCUAAGAAAAACAUACAACGCCAUACUAAACCCCUUGAGCGCUCUAACACUCAGGGCCUUCUUAUGUCUCAAGGAAUUGUGACACCUUCAAGCAGCCAGAAUGAAUUGCAUAGUGAAAAUUCAAAAAGUGCCUUUAGUAAUGGAACUCGUGUGCCAAUACCGUCCUCGAAGAGCGAACAUUCAAACUGUCAAUUUGGUGAAACAAAUUCGAACGUCCGAGGUGUUGAAAGAACCCAGCUAAAUAUGAAUGAAAAUAAACUUUUAACGGUAAAUACAAAGGCUCAACACCAUCAAAUAGAAAGUCGACUGAAUGAAAGAUUACAGACAGCUAAUUUAUCAUCUAGUACUGAACAUACAGCGCUUCUUCAGGAGCAUGGAGGACUACCUCAUCAAUCAACAGGCCCUCACGGUUCCAGAAAAUCUUUGUUCAAACAUAAGCCUCAGCAUGUAAAACAAGAAGAAAUACUCCUUCCUGAUUUAACUAGCCAUUGCAGCUAUACCAAAAUGCAUACUCGUGACCCAAAAGUUCAAAGUGACGAACUGUGGAUUGAUGGGCCUCGAGUUUCCAGAUCAAAAUUUGACAGUCGGUCACUUCAAGGUCUUCAUAAAGAACAGUGGGUUGAUGGACCUGGAGUAGAGAUAUAUGGGUUUAUGGAUGAGCACAAAAAACAUUUUGUUGCAAAGUGGGUUGAAGAUCACUCACGGCACAUCCAGACAAAUUUAAUGGCUCAGAAGGAAGAAGUAUGGAUAGAUUUUCCACCAUCCACAACGAAUAGAACAGAAGUUUUGCAAAGUGGGGAAUCUUUUCCACCAAACAAACAAAAUUCAUUUAAUUUCAAGAGCAACGAAGACGAAAAUCUAGGAUGUCGGGUAAAUCAAGAUACUUCACAGCGUGUAUUUACGUCAAGUCAGAAAGAAGGCGCCGAAAGCGAUGUUCCUCAGGCUUUCGAUUCACCAAGUGUGUAUUCUAACAAUUUCAAUGAGAUAACUUUUCCAUGUAAAGACACGAAUCCUUUAGUUAAUAAUCAAUGCCCUUUGCAAUAUGUCGAAAACGUGCAAAAAGUUGAGACUAAAAGAUGUAACUUACCAUAUGAUGAUCAUCAGACUGUUGAAGAUACUAACGAAGCAAGUCUCGACAUGAAAAAUACAGGAAAUUCUCACCAACCAGACACCCCUAGUAUUAACAACCAAGAAACAGAUCACUCUGAUGCAGAAAUGGAGGCCGAAUCUGUGACCAUGCAAGAUUCUUGUCAACAAGUCACAGAAGAAGAUAUUAUCCUUGCUAUGCUACAGGAUGACUCUUCCAUAUCUGAAAGAGCACAAUCAGAAACCGGUAGAGAAAGUUAUGAGAGUAAUGACCGACAUCCUCUGAGCAUUUUGAGUAAGGAAGACUUAACGUUAGCUUCUUCUUUCACAGACUCGCAUUCUGUUGGUAGAAAUGUUGACGAACAGUUCGCUUUAACACACGAAGAUAGAAGAGGAAAUUCAUUACUGAUGGAAAAUGUUACCUGGCUUCAGAAAUAUCUAACCAAUUACCAUGUUAAUAAGACACUAGUGGGCAAUACAGCUUUAAAAAGAAAUAGUUUGGUAUUUUGGAAUGAUAUAUUUGCGCCAAAAGACGAGAAUGUGCGAGAAAGAAAGCGCAAUGACGACGAGUAUUUGGAAACUAUUUCCCUACCAGGUAAAAGAUUUCAAUUUCAACACAGUGAUGUUAAGUCUAAAGACCCCGAGAUUACAAGUAUACAGAGUGAGCCUUUGAACGCAACUGAAUUACAGUUUCAAUUUGAACCUCAAUUUCAAACAAUAAUGUGCAAACCAACUUAUAAACUAAAGCCGACCUUGGCUGUGUUACCAACAGUGAACAAAACAAGAGAAAAAUCUGUUUCCCUAGAAGCAUUAGAAAACGCAGAAAUCAACGAAAUGGGAAGUAGAAAAACACAGCGUCCACCACGCAUGUUUUCUCAUGAGGUAAAUAAGAAAAUGUUUGCCCCUCGUGAAAAUGGAGAAAAAUCAACGUAUGUUAAGCCUAGCGAGACACUAGAACCUUUAAUUAAACAGUUCAAAAACUUAGAAACUGUAAGUUUUAUAUCACAACAAGAUUCUUCAGAUGGGGCACACCCUCAAGUUUAUAUUACCAGUAAUGAAAAAGAAAUAUGUUCUGAUAUACACUCGUUAAUUUUAGAAAAAGGUAGACCUCCACAAGUUACGCUUCAUCACAAUAUCCCAAAACUAACUAAAUCUCGAGAAUACAACCGCUUACAUAAUAAUAUUGUAAAAGGAAAAGAGCUGCUUUUCCAGUCCCCUGACUUAGAAAAUGAUGUAACCGAUUCUUCCCAGUUCAACCAUGUAAAUGUUGGAAAUUUUUGGAACACAAAAUCAAGUAAUAGUCCCAAACGUUUUCAAACGUCAGAAAAACGUAUCAAAUCCCCUUUUAUUACUUCACUGGCGAGAGACAAUGACACACCUGUGGCUCUUAGUGACGAUAAUUCAUCUCGAAAGAAAAUAUCGAGCGACCUUCACUGUGGCUCUGCUAACUCUCUUCAGAACUACCCAACUGAAAUCCCACUUAUCUCACCUUAUGCUAAGGUCACUCAGGCUCGUUCAGCUAAAUCCAGUAGUGGUCGUGGAAGUGACAGUAGCGUUGUCAGUGGUGAACCCAGAGAAGGGUCAAAGCUUCUUCCUAAUGGUAAACUGCAACAGUUUUCUGGAACGAGUAGUGGGUACGAGAGUAUGAUGCGAGAUAGCGAGGAAACGCCUGUGUCAUCUAGUCAAGAGUCUGGAAAUGAAGGUGAAACAGAAGAGCAACAGACUAGAAGAGGAGCACGACGUAAGCACUCAGGCCUUUCUGGACAGCACACAAAGUCUUCCCCUCUUACUAUUAAAACUAGCUCUUCCGGCCACGACUCUCUUACUGUGAUGACAAAACAACCUAUGACGUCACGUCGUCACGAGUGGCACAAUGGCAGUUUAAAGAAGCCUGAUGAGGACGUUUGCUGUACAGGCCUUCUCUGCUGUGGUGUCGGUUUUCGAAAAAUCACCUCGGAUUUAUCAUACGUAUAGACAAGUUGGCUAAUGACGACAGAACAGAGAACAGCGAGCGCUCUUGUCUGCUGGAAGCGCCUAAAAUUGUAGAGGAGUUAGUAGCUACUUUAAUAACUUCCAUAAUAUAACCGGUGUAUAAAAGGUAGUUAAUCUAACGUGAGUUGUUCACGUAAUUUUUUAAUGUAAAGCAUUAUAUUCUUUUAUCACCGAGAUGGUCGUCAAUCAAUUUUUCUCAGCUUUAUUUCAGUAUUUAUUUUGUUUAUAAACAGGUUAUCUAGUUUGUGAUAAAGAUAUAACUAUAAAUGAAUGUUUAUAUUACCAAACAAUUUUGGAUGACCAAUGUACAAAACUUUGUUUGCUACAGCAUUUUAUUUAAUUGUUUUCUUUCUCGCUAAAUGUAGUGUCAAUUGAAACUUGUAUAUAAAUCAAGGUAAUGUAACUACAGAAAUGUGGUGUAACUUUCAAAUGGCUUAUUAUUAACUCAUAAAAUCUGUAUGGUAUCUUAUUUUAGAUUUUCCUAUUUUACUAGACUUUUUUUUAUAAUUGAGUAUUUUUAACCGACAGAGGUAAGUUAACUUUCUAAUUAUUAACCAUUAAGAAAAGUAAUGUUUUCUUAUUUAAUUUAUGAAUGAGUAUGCCUAUGACUUAAAAAACAGCAAUUUAACUUCAUAAUCGUAAAUCAAGCGCCUAAAGUUUAAUUUAUAGGAAAUAAUGAUUUGACACAAAAAAAUUAUUGAUAUUAACUUUUCACCUCCAAUGUCGGUGGCAAAUACUGUCCAUAAGAUUUUGUAAAACUAUAAUUAUUAUGAAAAACGCAGAAUUUAAUGUUUAUGUAUAGCCCUAUUAAUGAAACUUUUACUACGAGAUAUGUAGUGAUUACUGUGUAGAUAAACUUCGUAAUAGCCAAUCAAUGAUGAUAUUUAAUAAUGAUCGAAACAAGGUCAGCGAUGUCACGAUUUUAUCAGAUCAAUCUUGACAAUCAAAUUAAUCACCACAUAAAAAGAUUUCGUCAAUUAACUAAACGGAAUCUUUUCGGUGGAUGAGUGAAGAAAGCUAAUAAUACAAUAUCUUAGGGAGCUGUGUGCACUUUUAAUUCGAUGGAAAAAACUUGAAUACGAAGUUCUAGUCGUCUUUACAACAAGAUUUAAAUUUCCACGCGUUUCUUUUUCUAAAAUUCGAUGCUUUGCAGCACAUAGUAAUAUUCUGGUUUAAUAGAUUUCCUGUUAGUGUGUCACUUUGUACAUUUUUUGUAAAAAAAAAAAUAGAUUUGUAUAUAAGAAUGUACGAUGUAUGUUGAGAUUGUAUAUAAACUUGAUAUUCAAAAUA